GAUGACCUGAGCCGGCAGUAUCUCAUCGCUGAUUGCAACGAACAGUUCACUCGAAAAUGGAAUCGUACACCUUUGUUUUACUGCUGCUAAUUGGCUGCCUGAUUAUUGGAUGUUGCAUGGCUGCGCCUCAAGGAUGCAAUGGCGGCUUUUAUUCCACCAACGGCAACCUGGUGAUCGACAUAAACAGAAUUCAGGAUCACCUCAACUGUGUCAACCGGCAGCACCAAAAUCGUGGAUAACUCACUUAGCUGGCUUCUAAUCUUGUACAUAUUAUAUAUACAUAUAAAUAACAGAGUGCAAUGCAAAAAACACCGAAAAAUGCUCAAUAAAAUCAUCUAAUCUAACCACAA